CUUCUAUUCCGGUUCCCCGUCUAGUCUGCAGGAGGCUGGCCUUUGCAGCUACAACCAACGCUUGCACCGUCAAUUCGCUCCAUUCUUCCUCUUCCUCUGAACCUUCCAGCCGCUGCUCGCUUUUGUUCGCUCCGUUCUCGUCCUGUUCUCGCGCUAUCCUCAACACUGCGUCAUUGCCACUUCUUGAACCUUCGCCCAGAACCACGAGCCACCGGCGCAACCCAGCUCUCCAACGACGUCUUAGAAAGCAUGCAUCACGACUAUGGUAUAAUCUUGUUGCUGGACUGUGUUAGACGUUAAUCUGCAGUUGAUAUGGAUUUCAUUCUUUCUUUGACGCAUUUCUGCGAGGUACAUGGUCCUACGUCGAUCAUAUGCUCGCAGGUCCUCCCUUUUUCCUGCUCGCAAUGCUAUCCCGAGAACACAACAUCCUCCUCUGAAGACACCCCCGCGACAUCCCACGACACCGUCUCCUCUCAUGGCCUUCGCAGCACGAAUGCCAGCGGUAAACAAUCGCCGUCCGUCAAAUCACCAGCGAAGCAAGUCGACAAUGCCGACACUCCGCACAGGAUCGAAGACUAUCCUUGCUUUGUGAAAAGUCCGUCCAAUGCGACUGAGACUCAGAAACUCAACAUCUUAGGCGGCGCAGACGGUGACACCUGCGCAAGCUGUAGCUUGACCUUGCCCGAGGAUGUAAGCAAACAGCUACCUCCUGGGGCACCGGGGACCGCGCGCGGCGACGGGAAAGGCAAAAAUGGUAGUCCUGUUCUGCGCUCCAGGGAAGUCGUCUACUCGUGCGGCACAAAUCAUUCCGAUUUGGACGACAGUGCGCACGAUGCUCACAUACAUGGUUCUCUCCCCGACUCUCUUCACUCAUCGUCUGUGGCUUCGGAUAUUUCCUGCCACCACCACAUCCUCACCUACCUCUCUCUCAGGGGCCCACCAAACCCCGCCGACUAUGCCCUUCUCCGGCGCUCCUCCAUCAGAACCCUUAGCUGUGAGCUUCUCCCGCGCGGGCUUUCCUCUGGUCCCUUGUGCUUUGGUGACUCCAAUGCCGGUUACACAAUUGCCUACAUCUUUCGACUCCCCGACCCAAUGGCACGCGGCAAACGACGCAGCUAUGCGCUCGUAGCCCUAGCUGGCAAGGAUGCGCGCAGAGCGUUCCGUGCUUGCCCAAUAAUCUGGCGCGCUUUCGAUCGCAUCGCUACUUCAAUUUACAAUGCCGCAGAGAAGUUUCAAGAGGACGAGAAGCGACGGGAUGAGCAGAACAACGUGGCUAACCGGCCUGGUAACCGGCAGUAUACCCCUGUCUCAUCAUUUCUCACCGGACGCGCCGUCGAUCCGGACGGGCAGCUUCGCCGCCCUGGCCAGGUCAGAGCCAGAAACCUGACGGAAAUCGUGGGCAAUACAUAUCUCUUUGCAGAAAUUCAUGGAAGCUUUGUAGCUCUGCUGCAGCAACUUGGUUCCAUGUUCGGAGCUCCACCAGUUUCUGAAGAACGCUUCAUCUGUAGCACAGUUAAUGAAGAGGAAGACAUGGGCCGUCGUCGCUCUGUGUCAUCGACGUCCGUUGGAAAACAAAAAGAGAGCGUGCAGAAACGCGAUGGUGGCGAUCUCGGUCUGUCGAAACUUGAGAUAUCAUCCGGUCCGAAGCCCAUUCCCAUCGCACCACGACGGUCUGUCAUUGCCUAA